AUGGCACCAGAUAGAUCGGGCUCACCGGUCCCUGACGCCUCAUCUUCAUCCAUAUCAGAAUCGCAAUCGGCUUAUAACGAUUUGCGGCGCCUGAUUCCUGCGCUCGCGCUCGAACUGGACCACCUUCGCGCCGCGCUUCGCGAGCACAAUCUCUGGCUUCAGAGAUAUGGCCAUGCGGCGAGGUCAGAAGAUCCAUAUGCACCGCCCGCAGCAUCUGAGACGUCAGGUAGCAACGACCCGGAGCUGCCGGCUUACUCAGCUUCGGAUGUGCCACCAUACACUGGGGGUCCAAACUCGGUAUCUGCGUCCACGUCGACGAGGGAGGAGGUGCAGCAACGCAGAGAUCAACUGACCGAGUGGCUUGGUGAAGGCGAGGAUACGUUGAGAGAGUAUUCAGCGCGGUUCGUGCAGUUGCAACAGGAGCUGGAGAUGCCGCCUGAGGAUCUACUGGGGACGUGGAACGAGGCCAGUCCAGACAACGCAUUACCGGACUAUGAGAGGAUUGAGACGAACGAGGAACUGAUGGUUGGAGGUGUCGGAGAGGUUCCGCCGCCAUAUGUCAGGGGCCAAGCCAUGGAGAAGGGACAUCAUGGUUAA